GUAAAGGAAUCGAAGUCUCAGAUUCUUUGUGUAAAUUAUCAACACCCAUCCCAUUCACGGUUGCAACGUUGCUCGCUUCCCUGGGCCCAUAAAUUCAACGUUCUUUCAUUACGCUCUCUCAGCUUUUGCUUUUGUAUCCCACCAGCUCCAAAAAAAUUUGCCUGUACUAAGUACCAACAUCCUAAUUCAAGCCCCUUUUACGAUGUCCGCUUUCAAGACUCUUGCUUCUCUCGCUCUUCUUGUUUCCACGCGUCUUGCCUUCGUUCAAGCCGCCGUCUAUGUGACAAACCCGGUACAAUCAACUACUUGCAGUGGAGGUCAGUCCUGCGAAGUGAAUUGGGUUGACGACGGUCAGAGCCCUCUCCUGAGUGACAUCGGAGAAUGUACUGUUGGCUUGUACAACGGCGAGAUGGCCCUCGUGCAGUCGCUAACGUCCGUCAACGUUGCGGACACGACUUCCUUCUCGUUCACUCCUAACCCAUCUGCCGGUGACAAUGGCGGCUACUACCUGGUGUUCACCUCAACCAGCACCAGCUACCAGGGCUGGUCUGGUACUUUUACCCUUAGCGGCAUGACUGGUUCAGGCACUUCAACUGUGGUUUCGUCACUUGGAGGUAUUUCGACGACUGCAGGUGUUUCUAGCUCUGGUAGCUUCACGUCAACCACCACUAUCCCAUCUGCCACGUCAACUUCGCCCUCUACUGUUUCCUCUAGCACGAGCACCCACAGUAGCACUACCGCCAGCUCGACCCCGUCGUCCACCCCAUCUAGCGCUGCCAUCCGCUCCGGUGCUUCAACCUCAUUGGCUGGUGGACUUGUUCUUGCCUUAGCUGGUGCUCUUGUAUUCUAGAGUGUUGGUGGUGUAGAGGUUAGAGGGUUGUGGCCGCGAUACCUUUAUUUUCUCUUUGAAUGCCCUUCCAGAGACGUUUCAUGACUUGCCGAUGGCAAUACCUGACAUUUUAUUGUAUUGUUCUUGAUGCAUUUGUUUGUUGAUGAUACCAUAUUAGCUAUCAACUGGUUGACGACAGGUGCUAUCUUCAUCAGAUUUAGUGAAAGUACAUUUGACUCUCAGUAUCCUACAUAUUGAUCAUCACAAUAUCUCAAAGAGACCUCAGACUUG